CAUGUGACAUAUACGAAUUAAUGCCCGUAAGCAUGGCAUGUGAUGAGAAGCUGUCCGAGGCGUUUGAAAACGCGCUGAGACUUUCUCCGAAAGUGAAGGACGCUCCAAAUUUUCUCACACCUCAGAAGCGUCCGUUGCUGGGUCGUCAUUGCUGGUCAUCUGCUCGGCGGCGCCCCUCCUUUCUGAAUAGCUCCAGCAGCGAAGAUGAAUUGAAAACACCUGUGGAGAGGAAGGAGAGGAAGCCGGCUGUUCCCUCGCGUGUUGUGACGCCAUGCGCCACAGCAAAGGCACUACUGGACGAGGACGCCUGGUUUCUCGAAUCUCUGUCUGAUAGCACACCGCUGGACAAGUGUCAUCCCGACACGCUCAAAUUUAGGCAGCGAUUCAAGGACUCUCGGGAGGACCUCUCAAAUGCCCUUUUUUUACUUUUUAACAGGGAGAUCUUUGCUCACAAGCUUCCUCCAGGCGAAAUUUCCUGGAACAGCCGGUUGACGUCAACAGCGGGCCGAUGUUUCAAUUUGGCUGACUACAACUACCGUGUGGAGCUCUCGGCAAAGAUUCUCCACAAUGCAGAAUACACAAGAGACACCCUACUUCAUGAACUGUGCCAUGCGGCAGUUUGGGUGAAUCGUGCUGCCCAAAGAUUCCCCAAGCUUCCCCCUGGUCAAAGAUGUCACAACUACAAGCAGUCACGAUCAAGGAAACUUACCUUCAAUUGAUGUCCAGGCUGCCUGUAAUCUUCAUUUUUUUUUCUUCUCAUUAAGCAGCACUGGACACCAGACAGCAAGAUAAUCAUGUAUAUAAGCUGCCAAAGGCAACACAGGCCAUGUACAAUCUUGAGUGUGUACAACUUUUAAGUAUGACCAAUCAAUUGACAAGGCAGCUGGUUGCCACACCCUGAUUUACUUGAAAAUAAACUUUUGAAGGUCACCCUCGAAGGACACGUCAAGAAGCUACGCUAGUUCUCAACAUUCCGAGAUGGAAUUGCUUGUGAGUGAUAAUUGUGGCAUGUUUUGUUAUUGAAAACGUCUCAUUAUGAGCCUUUUGUGAUCCAUCUACUUGUAUUUCAAAUGUCAAAUUUUGCACAGAGUCUGCACUGUAUUUACACCAUCUUAUAUAUGUGGUAUCAAUACCCAGCACCUUCAUCAAUUGUAAUAAAGGUUCUGUUCCCAGCA